AUGGAGUUUCUCUUCCUCUAUCCUGUCACUGCGGCAGCCCUACUUAUACCCCUAGCCACAUGCAUCGUGGUAUACCGUCUGUACGCCCAUCCGUUGUCUGGGUUCCCCGGUCCUAAACUUGCUGCGGCGACUUUCCUCUACGAGUUCUACUAUGAUAUCCUCAAAAAUGGCAUGUACCUCUGGGAAAUAGAACGGAUGCAUGAGAAAUACGGUUCCAUCGUCCGCAUAAAUCCCCGAGAGCUACACAUCAAAGACCCAUAUUACUACGAGGACAUUCACGCCAGUGGCGCACGCAAACGGAACAGAGAUCCCCAAUAUGCCGUCGCCUUCGGAGCUCCGUAUUCCCUCGUCGGAACAAUAGACCACGACCAUCACCGCCUCCGCCGAAGCUUCAUACAGAACUACUUCUCCAAGCGCUCGGUCACCAGCCUAACCCCUUAUAUCUGGGCAAAGGUCGAUCAGCUUCUCAACCGCUUUGAAAAUGCCUACAACGACUCAACCGUCCUCCAUCUCCAGCUGGAUUUCGCCUCCCUCACUGCCGAUGUCAUCACGCAGUAUUGCUAUGGCUGGAGCUAUGGGUAUCUAGAUGACACGAAGGGAUCGACGAGAAAUGACCUCGUCGAUGCUGUCAGUGGUCUCAUGCUCAUGUUUCAUAUGAACCGCUUCUUUCCCAUCCUUGUAUCCAUCUUCCGGAACGCCCCACCGGCGGUGGUUCGAUUUUUGCAGCCAAGGAUGGGGGAUCUGUUUGAUGUCAAGGCUCGACUACGUACGCAGGCUACUGCCGCACUCAAGCAGAAGAGGUCCGAGGAGAUUGAUGGGAGUGGAAAGCAUCAUAACUCUGUCUUUGAGGCGAUGGUAGCGCCUCAUGUGCCUGAGAAUGAGAAGACGGUAGAUCGUUUAGUCGAUGAGUCGGCUCUGCUUCUUGGUGCAGGGACGGAAACUACAGCGCGAUCUCUUGCUGUGUCGAUGUUCUAUGUCAUCAAUGAUAAAAAUAUUGGUAAUAAGCUAAGAGAGGAAUUGAAGACCGUUCUGGAGAAGCCGACUUCUAAGGCUACGUGGACAGAAUUAGAACACCUUCCUUAUCUUACUGGGGUUGUUAAUGAGGGACUGCGUCUAAGCCAUGGUAUGACGGCACGACUGGCUCGCACCGCACCGAAUGAAAACAUGCUCUACAAGGAAUGGGUAAUUCCUGCAGGUACCCCGGUCAGUCAAUCGAACUAUUUUGUCCAUAUGGAUCCCACUCUCUUCCCUGAACCUGAGAAAUUCGAUCCCGAGCGUUGGAUCCGUACAGCAGAAAGGGGCGAACGCUUGACCCGAUUUAUUGUUUCUUUCACAAAAGGCACUAAACAAUGCCUGGGUAUGAAUCUUGCAUAUGCUGAGAUAUAUAUGACUCUAGCCCAUAUCGUGCGACGCUUCGAGUUUGUGCCGCAUGAAACCACCGCGGAGAAUAUUAGUGUCCGCCGAGAGCUGGGAGUCGGGUUUCCUAUGGAUUUGAAUUUUGAUGUCAUGGCGAAGGUGGUGGGCAUCAUAGAUGAGUGA